UCUGGUUAACACAGCUGAUUAUUAGUUAGACGCACAUAAUAAUCUGGCGUGCUUGUAUAUGGAUUGUUCCGAUGUAUUAAUGGGCGGGUUCCAUGUGGAGUUGUCGUUUAAUGCGGGAUGUUGCUCAUUUUAUUUGCUUGGAAAAGCCCAUCUCGGCCUCUCUGCCACUUUUAGGCUAAAGCUCUCCAGCGUUUGGUAUGGAAGAGCCAUAAAAUUAAGGUUUUAUUUCAAUGUUAAUCCUAGUUCAAUUCGAUUUUAUUAAAUUUAACAAUUGAAUUUUUUAAUAAAAGUUUUAAUUUAAAUUAAGGAAACAGUUUUAUUAUUAAUUAUUAUUAUUGCUGCUGCUGAUGAUGAAAAUUAUAUUUAUGUAAAAUGUGUUGCAUGCUUUAGUAAUAUACUCUUUUCUUUUUAAUUAUUAAGAAAAGCGUUAAUCCCGAAUGACUAGAUUCUUUUCAUUUACUGGAUAAUUUAAUUUCUCACUUAUUUAGUCAUAAACCACCCUGAUUACACUGUACCACAGAUGUAGAAACCAAAGCAAACUCGACAAAUUAUUUACACCCAAAUCAGAUGGGAUGGGGAAGGGUCAUGGCUCAUACCCACAUUUAGACCAGAGAUCAGCACCUUUCCCUGCCCUUCCAGAGCAGGAGAAGAAAAAAGGGAGAAAAUGAGCUCGGCUGACAAAACAGAUGGAAAGCAAAACAAAGAAUUUGAGAGAAACUUCUCUCUUUUUAAUUUUUUGCAAUAAGAACUCUGGUAGCACUAGGCAGUUGGCUCUUUUGGAGUUUUUAGUGGGAUGUAGCUUUGGGUAACUGCUAGAUGAGGCCCAGAAGCUUUUCUGUGGCAUCUUUUUAUGGGGUCUGUCGAGAGCUCAACCACUAUGGGCUUGCUUGCAUGGCUGAUUUGCUAGGUCUGGGUUGAUUAAAGAAGCGACGACGAUGUUAAUGAACUUGAAUACAUGUACGCUUCAGUUCAUAGUUCAUGCUCAAAAUAUCAAAAUUAAACCGAUUUAACUUCUGGCAAAAAAAAAAAUCGAUUUAACUUGAGAUCUAAAAAAAAUGAAUAUAAAAUGUACUACCUUUGUUGCUCCUUGCUUAUUUUAAGAGGGACUAUAAUCGAUUGGUUUAAUUUAAUCCAAUCUGAUUUAAGAUUAUAAUUUAAUUUAAAAAACUUAACCGUUAAAUUAUAUAAUCAAACUAAAACUUAAUCGAAACCGAGGUCGGAAGAUCUGAGGUCUGGUUUGAAUGCCUGCAUCUUUGAAUCAAAAUUGCUGGUCUCGGCUUUGGGCAAAUUGCGGCUAGCUCUAUCAACAGGCCGUGACAUGUUUGCGUGGAAUUGGAGGGGUUUGUGGAUAAAAACGACUUUUUCUGGGCGAACAUGACGUGCCACUUUAUGAGGCUUUACGAAGUUUGAAGCUUUACAUUCCCGAAUGAGAAGCAUUCCUUAAGCUUCUACGUAGCAUACGCGCUUCCAGAAUCUCUGCCCACCGCUUCCUUCUAUAAAUUCCAUGGACAUAACUAAGCUAAAGCCAACUGCCCCUUGAGCAAACGAAGAAUCUCUCCACCCGAGUUACUUUGAGAUAAAGUUGCCGCCCUAUACAAAGGCAUACUUCCUCCUCCACUAUCCUGAUCAUGGCGUUCCGGAUAACUGGUUACUACUGGAAAUCAAUGGUGAAUCGCUUGAGGGGAUGCGCAACAUAUGGCACCUCAACCUCACCAAAAAUGAGGGCAUAUGUCUCAGCAACUGGUUAUGGGCACACUCUUGUGGAGGAGCAGAGUAAGAGUAAGGUAAAAGUGAAGGGUGACUUUGUGCCCGUAUAUGUAGCCCUGGGGAUGAUACUUUUACAAGCCUCGCUGGCUCUGCACAUUGCGAAGCAGCAUCUCAUGUACUCGCCGUCAGUGCGGGUGAAGAAGAAGCUAAGGGAGACGAUGCCUGAGGUAGAUUACCCGGAUAAAGUGGUGGAUGACGCCUAUAAAUUCACUGGGAACUCUUUUUUCAGGAAGGCUGCACAUAUUCAUGAGUUUGAAAGUGGAUUUCAGUCGACACCUGAUCCCAUUCGCAAAGAUGUUUAUGCUCACACUCCCCAGGCGGUGACUCUCAAGUCAGUUGGGAUAGAUCCCAGCACCCAGCACUGAACCCAGCUACUCAUUCUGCUUUCACUAAAUUAGUUUAUGUCGAAAAAUUCAAUCUGUCUUCUCAUUUUCAUUUCAAGCACUUUUGUACCUCUCCUCUGAAUAAAUGAAUGUUGCUUCCUUAAGUUUGAACUGCUUUUACCAUGAAUUUCUCACUUGAAGAUGGAGACAUGGUAAUAGGGGAAUAGUAAUUUGGAUUUGGAUCAAA